AUGGUCCCAUCAAACCAAACAAAUUCCCAAUGGGAUUUUGAUGCUCCAAGAUACCGAGACUUCUCUCAGGUUCACGGCGAAAGUUCUCAAAGCGAUACCUGGCUUGCAAACCGCCUCGAAAACAAUCCACGGCCUCCUAGAAGCAUUCCACAACCAAAUACAUUCUUCAAAAGAGCAACACAAGCUCCCAUUAAAAGACCCUCAGGAAUAACAGCCAAAGUCCCCCGAGACCCACCUUCAAUCCACACUCCAAGUCAACCUGAUUCUAACUACACAGAACCACAUUCACCCAUUCGUAAAGCACUUAUUCAAAGAGAACCUCAACGAUCAUCACCUAUCGCAAAACCCAACCCCCAAAAAAAUAUAGACAAAUCUAAAGCGAAGCCUUCCAUCUUAGCUGGGCCAUUCACUCUUAGUCAACCACUAUCAACAUCAUCGAGCACUGCAACAGAACGAUAUGUACCGAAUCGUCCGCCGACCCCCGCUGAUAAGGGCAAGGGGAAAGAGAAGGGCGUGGAAAAAGGCAACGAGCAACAUGAUUACAAGAGCGAGAAUUAUUCUAUUUCUCAACCAAUGCAAGAUACUCAAGGUAUUUCUUGGUCAGCCACAUCACCCAACCCACCACAAAAGCCCAGUCUUGGUCCAACUAAGUAUAGUACGAGUGAACCACCUAAAGAUGUAUAUGAGGAAAAAUCAAUCAAGAAGAGAUCUUUUGAAGAAAGUGUUGAAGUAAAUCCAUCUCCGCUGAAACAAGCCAAAACACAUCAAACCAACGAUUCAGCUCCCAAAACACAUUAUAUGCCACGCUUCCCAGCCUCAAAGAAUUCUACAGUACGAUCACAAGAACGACUUAAACCAGGAACAUCAUCCAAAAAAUAUUUUACGAUACCAAAGAAAAGUAUUCAACGCGACUCUCCUUUAAAAGAAAAACCGGGUUCACCGAUAUCCAAAAAUCAUGUAGCCCCAGAAAAGAGGAUAGCAACAAUAUCGACAAUGGUAAAGGAAACGAAACCACUUACUGAAACGGCGAGAAAGGGUGUUGCUCCUUAUGUACCAAGGUUUGCGAGGCUCACAACCCCAAAUUCAAGUGAGAAGAAUGAACAUGAACCAAAUACAGACAAUCCACAAGCCAGUUUUUCAUUGUCGAAAGAGAUACACAAACAAACGCCACCAAUUCAGGAGGUUUCAGCCAAAGAACCACCCAAACCACCUCUCUUAAACCCACAAGAACAAAUAGCAGUAAAAACACCAGGGCAGUCAAACCCAAAGGAAGUCAAAUCUAUCAAACCAACCGUACAGCAUGCACAAAGAAUACCUUCCCAACAAUCAAGACUACUGUCACGACCAACCUCAUCAAACCCUACUGUAAAAAAGAGCUUUGCAUCUGUUGUACCUCCUCCAUCGCAUCCAAUCUCAAAACGUAAACCCGAUACACUCUAUAGGUCGCAUUCAAAACCUUCAGAAGAUGGAUAUGUAGAAAAGAUAAAGACUGCAUUGUUUUCGGAUGACAUCUUUAAAAAACAACUAGAGAAAAAGCAACAUGAGAUUAAAUCAAAACAAGUGCCUAGUACUUUGAAGUCUACUGUGCCUCGUCUUGAUAAAGUAAAGGCAACCCCCACGAACGCCACCACCAGUGAACCAUUUUCGAUCAAAGAUUCAUUCUCAAAUACUAUAAAGUCAACCAUUCUUCAGCAUAUGCACCAAACACCUUCUAAAUCUCAUCCGCAUGAGCCGAAUGCUUUAUACUCACAUCCUCUCUCAACUACAAACACUACCCGCAAAAAUGAACAGCCAUUGAUAAAAGAAAAAGAACCGGAGAUUUAUACUAACUCUAUCCAGAGAAAAGAGGAUCUAGACGAAAUAUUCAAGGGUAUGGAAACCAUUAGAAUGGAGUUACAGAAUGCGCAAGAAGCCACACAACAUAUUGUAAAUAAAGAGCCACUCGAGGUUGAGUAUACACAGUUAAGAUCAGAGAAAAGACCUUCUAUUGAAGAGUUUAUAGAAGACAAGACACAGCGUGCUUUACGUGUUAUUGCAGAAUCCAAGAGACGGUCACGUCACUGGGAAUCGAUAAUCACAUCCCCAACCCCUAUUACAAGACGUGUGACUGUAGUACCACUACAAGAAAAGAAAGAGACGACAGGAAGAUACAGUCAAAUGUACACGAGCGGACAGAAUUACAAAUCUCCAUACCUACCUAUUGAACCAACUGUCGCAAAAAGUCCUGUGUUCGCUACAGACUCGAGAAUGUAUCUUCCCAGUCGAAUGGAAAUAGAUCAUUCAGAUGACUAUAGCUCUAAACAGUCCACUAAUGUCAAGCCGGCCAGAAGAAAGACAUUUAGUUUCGAUGGUCCUCUUGAUCUGCCACCGCCAAAGCGACCGCGACUAACAAUUCCUCAAUCUCCAGAAUUCCUGACAGAUCAACGACCACCACGGAAAUCAUAUCUUGACCAUGAAACAAAACAGUUAAAUAUCAACAAUCGGUACAGAAGAUCGUCACCUUCUUUACGGACGCAUAACAAGAGAGAGACAACGGCUUCGAACCAAAGGACAGGGCUGUUUGCCAAGACCAAUUAUGAUGGUUCUUCUUUUCGUGAGCGUCUGGAGGUUUGGAAAAACAGGGCACGUCAAGAAGAAUUGGCCAACGCGUCUUUCUCAUCAAUGUUAUAA